UGCUGCGUCACUGAGCGUCAAGAGGAAGAAAAACAAAGGAAGCGGCAUGUAUAAACUUGAGCUGUGAAAUGUUCGGUCUCUUCGUGAAAAACAAGCCAGUUAAAGUUCGAGGUAAUAGUGGGGACAGAAAAUACGGAGUUGCCGCGAAAAAUGUAAAGGAGCUGAUUAAAAAGGGCUGCCAGUUGCUACAGCUGCCACCUUCUGGUGCGCGUGUUUGUUUGUAUGAAGAUGGGACGAUCGUGACAGAGGAGUUCUUUCCCACCCUGCCGGAUAACAGUGAACUCGUUCUUCUGUCGAAAGGACAGACGUGGAGCGGAGUUCUCGGCGACAUCGGCCAGUUACUGAGCACGGAUCGCCACGCUGACGCGCUCAUCGAAGCGGCGAAGGAUCUUCUGUCCGAUGAGAAAUCUCCCAAGAGGCGUAAAGUCCUUUCUGACCUGCUGCAGAACCUGGAGGACCGAGCAGACGCGGAGAGCAGAGAGGAGGAUGAGGACUGGUUUAACGGCGUCGAUGCUCGGUUCAAAACAAAGUCUGCCUACAUGAAGCACAACUGUGAGAGCAGAAUACGAGGCUACAUGAGAGAGGUGAACGACACGACCAAAAGCAUCCAGAAAGCUAAGGUGAAGGCCGAGUUUUUAAAAACGUCACAGUGCCUGGUUGAGAUGCUGAAAAAUGACAAAUACAACGGGAACUACUUUGACAGGACCGAAAAGGAGUCGGGUCGCCUCUGCACUAAAGAAGGAUGGUUUACCUGUCAGGGAGCGUUUGAUGAGGAGCUGUGCCGGUCGCUCCACUCCAUCAACCCUUACGGCAGCAGGGAGAGCAGGAUCGUCUUCAGCACCUGGAAUCUGGACCACAGGAUUGAAAAGAAGAGGACUAUCAUACCGGCGCUGCUGGACGCGCUGCAGAAUCACAAGACCGUCGACAUAAACCUGGACUACGUGUACCAGCUGCUGUUCACCAGGGCAAACCUGAAGUUGGUCCACAUCGCCUGCCACAACAAGGGAGCUCACAACCUGCUGUGUGACACCGGCAAGAUGCUGAGGGCUGGCAAAAAUGCAGGAAAAGCAGAACAAGCUACCAGAGGGAGGAAAAGGCGCCUAAUCUGAAUGUUUUAUUUUUUUUUUUAACCUUUUAUUUUU